AGAUUACUUCGGUUUUCGGCUCUCUGUGCUGACAUGGUAACUGAAUGGUGGCUUUCAGCGACAGGCAGACGGGGACAGCUGCUCCGGAGAGGCUAGCAGGAACAGCCUGGUAGGGUCCAUCUCGGAUAGACACGGAUGAUGCCAGAGCUAUGACAGGGAUUGCAGUCUUGGCACUGAGGGGUGAUCAAUUAUGGAACAACUACAGGAGGAAGUACCUGAGGUCAGGGAAGAGGAGGAGGAAGAGGAAAAGGCAGUGACAGUGGCAAGCGGAGCCUCGGACUCGAGUGGAGGACCAGACAGCUCGCUGCCUUCGAGCAGCUACACAGACCUUUCGCAGAGCUCCUCUCCAUCCCUGUCGGACCAACUGCAGAUGGGCUGCGAGGAGGCAGCCUUGGGAGCACUGAACGUGGAGUGCAGGGUCUGCGGAGACAAAGCCUCUGGGUUUCACUAUGGCGUGCAUGCCUGCGAGGGCUGCAAGGGUUUCUUCCGCCGGACGAUCCGUAUGAAGCUGGAGUAUGAGAAGUGCGAGAGGAGCUGCAAAAUUCAGAAGAAGAACCGGAACAAGUGCCAGUACUGCCGCUUCCAGAAAUGCCUCUCGCUGGGCAUGUCACAUAACGCAAUCCGCUUUGGCCGCAUGCCGGAGGCAGAGAAGAGGAAGCUGGUGGCAGGGCUGACGGCGAGCGAGAUCAGCUGCCAGAACCCGCAGGUGGCCGACCUGAAAGCUUUCUCCAAGCACAUCUACAACGCCUACCUGAAAAACUUCAACAUGACCAAAAAGAAGGCGAGAGGUAUCUUGACCGGGAAGGCCAGCAGCACCCCACAGCCUUUUGUGAUCCACGACAUGGACACCUUGUGGCAGGCAGAAAAGGGGCUGGUCUGGAAACAGCUAGUGAACGGCAUUCCCCCCUACAAGGAGAUCGGGGUACACGUCUUCUACCGCUGCCAGUGCACCACGGUGGAGACUGUGCGGGAGCUCACGGAGUUCGCCAAGAGCAUCCCCAGCUUCUUAGGCCUCUACUUGAAUGACCAAGUGACUUUGCUGAAGUAUGGGGUGCACGAGGCCAUCUUCGCCAUGCUGGCCUCUAUCAUGAACAAGGAUGGGCUGUUAGUGGCCAACGGGAACGGCUUUGUCACCCGUGAGUUCCUGCGUAGCCUGCGCAAGCCUUUCAACGAGAUCAUGGAGCCCAAAUUUGAGUUUGCUGUGAAAUUCAACGCGCUGGAGCUGGAUGACAGUGACCUGUCUCUGUUUGUGGCUGCCAUUAUCCUGUGCGGAGACCGUCCUGGCCUGAUGAACGUGAAGCAGGUGGAGGAGAUCCAAGACAACAUCCUGCGAGCGCUGGAGUUUCACCUGCAGUCCAACCACCCGGAUGCCCAGUACCUCUUCCCCAAGCUGCUGCAGAAGAUGGCCGACCUGCGGCAGUUGGUGACGGAGCACGCCCAGCUGGUGCAGAAGAUCAAGAAGACAGAGACGGAGACAUCUCUGCACCCGCUUUUGCAGGAGAUCUACAAGGACAUGUACUAAGGACCUGUUAUUUAUGAGAAUGAAGCCAUGGAUUCCCAUCAAGACUCUUUGUACAGAAACACAGAAAACCUUUUCCCCAUGUCUUCCAUUUCUUCUACUGGAAACUCUUUUCUACGUGACCCUGACAUACGGUACAUAGGGCAAGAUGCCGUAAGACUUUGCAGCCACCACCUGCUAGGCAAGGGCUUCCGUUAACACACACUAACAAAUUUACAAAGGCAAA